AUGAAUACGGAAACACCAGAAGGAUCGGCUGCUCCGCCCUCGCCGGCGUCGACAUCAGCAAAGACUGUCACCGACAAGACCAACAAGAAGCGAGCCUCGCCAUCCGGCGACUCGGAACAGCCCACAAAGGUCACCAAGCGACGAGCUGCUCGUGCCUGCGUGUCCUGCCGUGCCCGAAAGGUCCGCUGCGACGUGGUCGAAGGAGCCCCUUGCGGGAACUGUCGCUGGGACAAUGUCGAGUGCGUUGUACAAGAGAGCCGCAGACGAAAGAAGAAUCUUCUUACCGCCAGCACCGCGGGCCAGCCCGUCUCCACUGAAGCCCAAUUGCGCUGCAAGACCGCAGCCAGCAAUCCCAUGGGCAUGAGCACAGCCGAUCUUCGGCGUCCUAGCAGCGGCUCUGCAAUCUCGACGAGCAGCAUUGACGGGCCCAGCAGCUUCCUGAGCAAUUCCGGACUUGACAACCAUGUCCCUCACAUGAUCUACCAACGAUCUGGGUACCGCCACGACCCUGUUCUGCUAAACAAGCUGCAUUCCAAUGAUGGCAACCCUCAGCGUCCCGUGUGGUCCAAUAACCUCAUGACAACUCCUUCUGUCUUUGACAGUCUGCGCACUUCUCAGUUCAUCAGCUCGCUUGAGGAACAGGAUUCGACUGCUCAGCUCCCUGCUUUUCUGCGCCCCCUACCAACCAAGAUUGCCGCCGAGGAUGUCAAGUAUCUUCAGAUCAAGGGCGCCCUGUCUGUGCCCACCCUGCCGCUUCAGAAUGCCCUCCUGCAGGCCUACGUCGAAUACGUCCACCCGUAUAUGCCGCUCAUGGACCUGAACAGCUUUCUCGGCAUCAUCAACACACGUGACGGUCAGAAUGGCCAGACCAGUCUCUUCCUCUACCAAGCGGUCAUGUUCGCUGCCUCCGCUUUCGUCGAUAUGAAGUAUCUUCGCGAGGGUGGUUACACGACACGAAAGGCAGCCCGCAAGUCCUUUUUCCAGAAGACCAGGCUUCUCUACGAUUUUGAUUACGAGUCAGACCGCCUUGUCCUCGUCCAGGCACUGCUCCUGAUGACGUAUUGGUACGAGACCCCUGAUGAUCAGAAAGACACUUGGCACUGGAUGGGUGUGGCUAUCUCGCUGGCUCACACCAUUGGCCUCCACCGCAACCCUGGAUCGACGAGCAUGGCCCCGGCCAAGCAGAAGCUGUGGAAGCGAAUCUGGUGGUCGUGCUUCAUGCGAGACCGUCUUAUUGCCCUAGGCAUGCGACGACCCACCCGAAUCAAGGACGAGGACUUUGACGUCCCCAUGCUCGAGGAGAGCGAUUUUGAAAUCGAGAUCCUAGCCGAGGACAACACCGUCAUCCCCGCUAGCUGCACGUUGGUCCGCAAUCUGGACAUGCAGCGAGAACUGGCCAUCAUGUGUAUCUCCAAGGCCCAGCUCUGCGUGUGCAUCAGCCACAUGCUCAAGGCACAGUACUCGGUUCUGAUCCGGGACAAGAUGAAGCCCGAGAACACGACCAACAGCACCAUGAUGCUGUUUCCUAACAAGCAGCUAGAUAACGUCGAGGGCGUUACUGAGGUCGACCACGAGCUCAUGGCAUGGGCAGAGUCCCUCCCAACAUGCUGCCAGUACCGUACCCUGACUCCUUUGGAUGUCAAGGAUGGACGAUCUACCAUUGCCGUGCAGCGCACGCUGCUCCACAUGGUUUACUACACGACUAUUUCGGCCCUGCAUCGACCUCAGUUUCUGCCGUCGUCGCCUCUGCAGGCCCCCACGACAUCACGCCAGGUCCAAGACAUGUCACGACUACGAGUGCGUGAUGCCGCCAUGCACAUUACUCGAAUGGCCACGGAACUUCACCAAUGCCGCUUGGAGCGGUUCCUGCCCACGACCGGUGUUACCGUUAUUCUCCCGGCCAUGAUUAUUCACCUGCUCGAGAUGAAGAACCCCGCACCACAGGCUCGGGAGCGUGCCACUCGAGGUUUCCGUCAAUGCAUGAGGGUGAUGGAGAAGCUUCGAGAAGUGUACGCGGCUGCCGACUACGCAACGGGCUUCCUCGAUGCUGCUCUGCGCAAGGCCGCCAUUGAUAUUAAUGCUAGCGUUGGUCCCUCGACAUUGGCCAUGAUGAAGCGAGUGCCAGUCGAAUUCAGUGCUCAGACGCCACCACCCGAGAACGCGCCUUACAUGACCGCCGCCGAGUCUCUCUUUAAUGAGAGGCCGAAGGAGCCUCGACCACAGCCGACCCCGACCAUGAUGCCACCCAACACGGUCAAUGCUGCAGCCUUGGAGCUCUCUACGAACUCGCCGCCCCAGACUGAACUGGAGGAGUCCCCUGCUGGCCUGACACCUAGCGUCAGCGCCGCAUCGGAGGAAAUUCAGUUGGAUGUCGGAAACAUGGAUCUUGAUUUCAUGCAGGGUCACGAUGAGUUUGACUGGAACGCCGUGGCCGGGACUGACUUUGAUGUUGAUCAAUGGCUUCAGUUCCCUCCUGAGGGUGUCACCAACCAGGAUGACAACUUGAUUGCUGGCGUGCUUGGACGAGGAGUCGAGGAGCCUACCAUGUCGGCUGAGCAAGCUCUGAACUGGGCUAUCAACGCUGAGGCUGAUGCCACAGCCAGGCAGCCAGAUGGCCGCGUCCAGGGCGAAGUUCCUGCCCAGGCGUAA